AUGGAAGUGAUUGGCAGCGUAGCGGCUGUGCUCCAGCUAGUCCAGGCCGUUGGGAAAACCGUCAUCCAGGUGAGCCAGGUCUACCAUGACAUCCGCGAUAUGGAUGACGCCCUACGGGACUUUGAUAACCAGCUCGGGGCUACACGGAUGAUGCUGUCCGUCUUGUCAGAUGGCAUUCAACGCAGUACUCUGAGCCCGAGCAAACCACCUUGGUGUAAUCAAGAUGUGUUGGAGGGCCUUCUCAACAGCUGCAACAGAUCCUACAGUCGACUUGGAACUAUUUUCUCCAACAUUAGUCGUCAGAUGUCAUCUUCAACUGCUUUGGGGGCUUACAUCAGGAAGCGGCGGUAUGACAGCGAUAUCAGUCUCCUCCGUCACUCUAUCGACACAUACACCUCGGCUCUUCAGCUCCCUGUCCUCAUUCAGACGAUCCAAGGAUGUUCUACAGCCACUAUUCCUCAACCUCCCGCCGGAGACAUAGCUGCAUCAUUCGAUGAGUUGAUGCGCCGCAUAGACAGUCUUCAGUCCUCUAUGGACCGUCUGGAUCACGACCUCGUCACAAGAGCCCUUCGAACACCUGAGACACCGAUGCCAGCCUCUCCCCAAUCAGGGAGCUCUCAAAACACCCAGGCAGGAUUAGACGCCGCUGAACGAAAGGAAAAGAUUGAUAUGGAGAACGACACUCGCGCCACGCUUGAUGUGUUGAAGGGACUCGUGGGUCACGCCAAGGACUACGCUUCAACCACCGAGUCAGCUUCGAUGUCUUCCAAGCGUACACGAUCCUCUUCAAAGACGGUGCGAGCCUUUCGAGACAUGGCCAAAGCUGCGGCUGGCCCUGAACCUCACACCAACGGAGUCGUCAACCCAGACGUCGGCUUUCAUGUUCACUUCUCAACAAAGUCGCGCCAAGAUGUAGCAGAUUGGGUAGGCAAUAUCGAUAUGGCAGAUGGUGCUUCAGCAACUUCUACAUCCAGGACAUCAUCACCACCAUCCGUCACAACCAUCAUACAGUCUGUAUCCUGUAUCACCAACGAGACCAGUGUUCUCGGCGAGCUUCACGAGAGAAGGAUCCAGGCAGCUGAGAAGUGUAUGAAGGAAAAGUUGUACGACAAAGCCAUACCGCAUCUCGAACGCCUUCUCAGCUCAAACACCGACCCCGAAUUCCUCCAGGACGAAAGUCAAUCGGCCCGGUCAUUAGCAAAAGCGCUUGUUCAAUCCCAGAGUGACAAAAGCAUAAUCGAAGGGUAUUGUCAAAAGUUUCCUUCAAUUAGUGUCUGGGUUGACGAGUACCGACUGGAACAGGCCCUUGGCCUCUUGGAAAAGGGCCAAAAUGACGAAGUUGUUGCCUUUCUACAGUCGUACAAGGCCGUUCCCGAGCUAGGGUCAACCACUCCAACUCAGCCUGCCAGCUCCAAAACCCUUCAGAAGAUUCAACUCACUCUCUGUCGGGCACUCCGUCGGUCUGGUAAAGAGAGCGCCAAAGAUGAAAGUAUCCCCAUACUCGAGCAACUUCUGGGGCAAGAUUCGUUAGAAUCAGCCGUCAAGGGAGACGCCCACUCACUCUUGGCGGACGCUUAUCAUGUCAAGGGCAACUUUGAAAAUGCGAAAUCUCACGGCAUACAGGCUUGCCAGUUCAAGAUGGACACACUCGGUCGUGACCACGACGAGACUAAGUCGUGCAUCGCGUUCAUGGCUGACAUUUGUUUCGACAACGACGAUCCAGACGAGGAGUUGUGGAGGGGUAUGCUCACUCGUCCUGAUUACACCCAUGACGGUGUGCCGCCGAAGUUCUCCGACAUCCAGAAUCGCCUCCAUUCCUGCGUUAAAGAAAUGCAGCGGAUGGCUGCCAAGAGCCCCAAGCAGGCCGCCAAGUUCGGAGUAAGAUAUCUCAAGGAGAAUUAUUGCCCAAUCUGGAGCACAGCCAUGUCCGACCAAAAGCUCCAAACCGAUCGGACUCUAGUCACGCGAGAGUGUCUCUCUCCAUUCUUCUUCGAAAAGUCUCUUGUCUGUUGGGAUUGUCUCCGUAAACACAUGGAGAGGACCCACACACUUGCUGCGGUUGAGGUCGGUGCUGCAUGCUCCAGGCAUACAUAUGGACAAGCGCGUAGCUAUACUGGUCUUUCUCCUUUUCAUUUCUUCGCCAUGGCCGUCCCCCGGCGUAAAAAAUGGCCAGCUCGACAAAAAGAUGACUGUGUCGAGGAGAUGGAUGCCAUUCUCAAGAUUGCUAUGAUGGCCAACCCCGGGGCACAAGUCACUUCUCACAUAAUCAACGCGGCCAUGACCUAUGGGCGUAGAUCCAAGGAGGUAUCCGCCUUAUGGCUGGCUGCUACCCAUGAGAAUCAAGGAGUAGUCGACUUCUUGCUCUCUUUGAGCGAGACAGAUGCCACCCGAGGCAUGGGGGUUCUCCAACAGACAUACGGUUAUCGUUUCAGGAGAGAAACCCAUCCUAUCAUUGCAGCGUUUACAGGGUAUAGGUACGGUUCGCUUCCUUCUAGUCGAAUGCGCUCGAAGCCCUUCUUCAGAGCCUUCGCCGCCCUCUCACCCGAUGAGGCACGCGAAGCACUUAAAGUACCAAGUUCUGGCGGGUUGCCAUGGUGGUUCGGUUGCCCUCACAUGCUCGACAAGUUCCUUAUCAAAUGUGGAGAAGGAAAAUCAGAAGCUACCAGGGACAUGCCUAGCUCGCUGCUUCGGUUCUUGCUUCAGGCUGUAUCUGACCGGGCAUUUAAGGACAUUAAACUGGUCCUUGAGCCGGUCGACAUCAAGAAGCUCUUCUGGACCCUCUGGGACCACGGAGCUAAACAAAGCAACCUCUUUUUCAUGAUGCAGCCCAUCAAGAACACCAUUGCCAAUUACUCCGACUACUCGGAAAGCUAUAUUACAGGGCGCCUACAGCUAUGGUUUUCAAUUCUCAAUCAGCUCCGAGGGUUGAACGUCACUCUUGGUAGCAAGUCCGGAAAAGCCCUGGAAGAUUGCUGCAAGGGGCUAAUCAACAGGAUAUACAACCUGCGACGCCGCUUUGAGGACAUUCCAACGCAGGAUGAGGAAAAGUCUUUCCGACAAAAGUUUUACAAGGCCAUCGAGGACGCAAGGCAGAGUUCAGGAACUUCACGAGCACAGGAUAUGUGGAAGAAGGAAGCAGGAGAUGCAAAUGAUUCUGGAAUGGAACUAGCAGGCAAUGUUGACUUGUUCUGGAACUUUCUUGACCCCGAACCCACGUCUUCUCCUGUGGAUUCGCGAUACCAGACACCCAACCCUCCAUUGAGGCCUUCACACAAGUCAUUUCGGCUGAUAGUCCUGUUGGGGGACAGCCAACCCAUUCCCAGGCGGGUUGAGCGUCCUCUCCCUUAUCAUGAUUAA